AUGUGGUUUCAAUUACUGUUCUUGUGUUUCAUUAUUAUACAGACAGACGGACACCGGGUACAAGAAAAUGCAGACUCAGAUCCAAAGGCAUCUGAUGAUGCUCCACGAAUUGUAUCACCAUCCGGCUCCUUCCUUGGAUCCUGGAUGGAGACACGUCGCGGGCGACGUUUUGAAGCUUACAGAGGCAUCAGAUAUGCUGAACCAGCUGUUGGAGAAUUCAGGUUUCAGCCACCUAAGCUGAUCCAUCAUUAUGAAGAUGAAGUAGACGCAAGCAAGGAAGGUCCAGCAUGCCCAUUACCAGCUACGAAAGUGGAAAUCGAUGAGGACUGCCUCAGAAUUAAUGUCUACACACCCCGAAGUAAUACCACAAAUCUUCUUCCCGUGAUAUUCUACAUCCACGCGGGAGGGUUCUAUGUGAUGACAGGCCGCAGCGACCUCGCUGGUCCUCAUUACCUCCUCGACAGAGACAUCGUACUCGUCACCAUCAACUACCGACUCGCAACUCUUGGCUUCAUCAGUACUGGGGACGCAUUCGCUCCUGGUAACAACGGCAUGAAGGACCAGGUGGCUGCACUCCGCUGGGUACAGAAAAAUAUUAAAUCUUUCGGCGGUGACCCAGGCCUCGUCACUAUAACUGGAUGCAGUGCUGGCUCCAGGAGCGUCAUGCUCCACAUGGUUUCACCUAUGUCUAAAGGUCUUUUCCACCGCGGUAUAUCAAUGAGUGGGUCUGCAACUUCCAAGGCACCAGUUCCUCACCAUCAGUUCCAUCUUGCGCAGAAGCAAGCGAUACUCCUGAAUUGCUCCCACACAAACACUUCGGAGGAAAUUAUAGCUUGUUUGAAAUCUAAACCUUAUAGGGACUUAGGAUAUUCAUUGAAAGGAUUCUUUGACCAUUUCAAUUCAGAUCCAGUCGGUCUCUGGACGGCUGUGGUGGAACCUGAUUUUGGACAGGAACGCUUCCUCACGAUGGACCCUGCAGACGCGAUACGAGAAGGCAAGAAGCACUCAGUGCCUUACAUUAUCAGUCAGACACGAAACGAGUUCUUCUGGAAAGCACUGUAUGUCGUUAAAAACGAAUCACUGCUAAAAACCAUGAACGAAGAGUGGGAGCGCAUUGCUCCAGUUUCCUUCAUGCUGCCACCAGGAAACUCUUCAGCAGCUGUACGCAGGUUGAAGGAGACGUACCUUGGAGAUAGAAAGCUUGUCAAUGAUGAAGCCACAGCAGAUGGCUUGGGGAAACUUUAUGGAGAUGCUAUAACUGGAUUUCCGGUACAUAGAAUGGCUAACCUGAUGUGCCGUUAUUCAACGGAAAAGGUGUAUUAUGCUGAAUUUGACUAUAUCGGAAACCAUAGCCAUUACGAGGAUCCUGACACCAAAAAGCCAAUAGGUGUAGCUCAUCAUGACGAUCUGAUCUACUUAUUCACCUUAAGCUACCGUUUCCCCACCAUUGAAGUGAGUGACAGUGAUGACUCCCAAAUGGUGGACAAGAUGAUUGCCAUUUGGUACAACUUUGCCAAAUAUGGUGACCCAAAUCCUCACAACUCCAAGAUCCCUGAACUAUCCACGUUGGACUGGCCAGCCAUGACACCGAUUGAUCGCAAGUAUUUGCAACUGGGCGAACAUUUUACAGUACGUGAGAAAUUAUUUGAAGAUCGUUUCCAAGUUUGGGAGGAGCUCUACCCGUUGCAAUAUUAAUGCGAAGAAUAUCAUCAUCAUCAUCAUCAUCA